GGAGAGGAGCAGAUCCAACAUUUUGGUCUCUACGACUACGGGUACACCUCUGUCCUUCCACUUCAGCCCAUCUCUGUGAGAUACGUUUCAGAAGAUCCCUUUACCCUCUCCUGUUACUCCACCCACCUACCUCCCUACCAGCUCACUUUUUCGGAGCAGAUACUAAACCCAUACGCUGAAAGACCCACAUACCCAAACUCUUCCCACCUUAUUGAUAGAAGAAACUCAACUUACGACAAUGUCCUGGCUGCAAAUCCUCAACCCAGCAUCCCUAAUUACAUAUGCCGUGUGUCGGUUAAAGUCCAGCCUUUUUAU